AUGGAAUAUCAUUCGGCCAUAGGACAAGAUAAGGUCAUGCAUUGCUGCUACAUGGAGGGAUCUGGAGAGAAUCAUGCUGAAGGUGGCCAAGAGGAGGAGGAAAAAGCAGACGAUCAUCUAUGGAAAUGCUUUGGGUCCUCCCAUGACUUAGAAGGUCAUGCUGCAAGAGAGAUAAAGCAUGUGGCGAGGUUCUGUGUGGAGAAGCCAGAUGUGAGGGACUAUGCCCUGCCCAAUGCCAGCUGGUGCCCGGACAUGCUGAGCCUGUACCAAGAGCUCCUGGAGAAAACCAAGACCGGCGGCUGGGUGAAACUGCCCUCCUUCAAGUCCAACCGGGACCAUGUGAAGGGGCUCAAGCUUCCCUCGGGGUUGGGGCAUGACGAUACUUCAGACCACGGUGACUGGCGCAUCUUCACCCGCUGCAUCCCACAGGAGGGGCAAGGCUACGAGUAUGUCAUCUUUUUCCACCCAUCCCAGAAGAAGUCUGUCUGUCUUUUCCAACCAGGCCCGAACCUAGAGGGGGCACCUGGGUACGCCCACGGAGGCUCGCUGGCAGCCAUGAUCGACGAGACCUUCUCCAAGACUGCCUACCUGGCCGCCGAGGGGCUCUUCACGGUGAACCUGAACAUCAGGUUCAAAAACCUCAUCCCUGUGGGCUCUCUGAUCGUGCUGAAUGUCGAUGUGGCCAAGACUGAGGAGCAGAAGGUGCAUUUGUCCUGUGUCGCCCAGAGCAGGGACGAGCAGACUGUCUACGCCAAGUGCUCAGGUGUUUUUCUUCGGCUUCCGCUGGAAGAGGAGUAACCCCAGGAACACAUCUCCACCUUCAGAAACAUACUGGGGUCUGCACAGACUGAGGAGGGACCCCAGAGACUGAGGGCACUCGCUCUGAAUAAACAAUCUCAGCUCCACGCUCAGUUCAAGACCUCACUGCAAUUGGGAUUCAAACUUGUUCAAGGUUCUGUGUGUCUGUCUCUGUCACACACAGAAGCAAGAAUGUGUACACUCAAGCACACACAUGCAUACGCACACACGUGCACACACACACGCAUGCAUGCAAGCACCUUCCCAGGUCUUCCUCUGCAGAGACGGCAGAGCCCCAGGACACAGAGGGUUGCAGCUACAUAGCUGCAGGUCUGACAGUGGUGCAGAGACCCCUCACUCCCAGGCUCCGCAGACACAGAUUGUCUAGGUGGAAGCAGUCAGGAGAGGCUUGCUCCAGCGUCAGGCAUGAAGCAGAUGGUCACAGGCAGCCUCCGCAGGAAGCAGAGGGUCCUAGGGUCACAGGGAGAGUCAGGACAGGGCACAGAGCAGCCAGGGUUGGCUGGGCAGAGAGGAGCCCAGUGCUGAGUGGACAAGCAUCCCAGGAGGGGAAGCAGAUGAGCCGGGGGUGUGCGGGGCUGGGAGCUCAGGCUUGUCUCCAGGGCAGUGGUAAACUGAUGUCUAGAAAGACUAUGGGACAGAGGGAUGCAAGGAAGAGAGAAGCUGAGAGCUCGAGUGAGGAGACCGCUGCAGGAGCAGCAGUGAGGAGAGCGGGCGAGGCGCAGGGCACUGGAAUGGAAGAUGAGUUUGAGUUCUGUCCUGGGGCUUCCAGCCAUCCUCGCAGGGAGCAGAGGUGUGCGGGGUGGAGGGAGUGAGCAGCUCUAUCCCCCAGGUUUGCUGCAGAACUUCUGACAUGCAGUGAGCACAGCAGGGACCUGGAUAUUGCAACCGGAACUUAAGACGGGUGAGCUGCUGCAUCUGUUUGUAAAUCAUCAGUGCGAGCAGAGCAGGGUCACACAGGGUAGAAGGAAGAAGAGACAGGCAGCCGCUGUGGGUGGAGGAGGAAGGAAGGACAGGGAAAGGGUCCAGAGACAGAACCCUCAGUCACUCUAGGAGAACUGAGGAGGGAAAUCUCAGGAGGAUGCACUCAGCAGUGUCCAGUGCUGACAAGACCAGGAAGAGGCCUGCUUCCUGUGUCAGGAGCUGGCUGCAAAAUCCACAUG